GUUGGCAGCCAAAAACCAGCAGCAGCAAUGGCACCUUGCCAAUCUCUUCUCUUUCUAUUCAUCAUCUCUCUUUAUGUAACACUAACAGCACCAGCCAAUUCAUUGCCAGCAUUUUUCCCUCCACCUGCUGCGUAUCAGUCUCUGAUCAAACAAGCCAAGGCUCCUAAACCAAAUCUUCCAUUCAAGACUCAUUACUUCCCUCAAACUUUAGACCAUUUUACUUUCCAUCCCAAGAGCUAUAAAAUUUUCAACCAAAAGUACCUAAUUAACACUCAGUACUGGCACAAAGGGGCUCCUAUCUUUGUCUACACUGGAAAUGAAGGGCAUAUCGACUGGUUUGCUGCUAACACUGGGUUCAUGCUUGACAUUGCUCCCAAGUUCAAAGAUCUCAUUGUAUUCAUUGAACAUAGAUUUUAUGGGGAGUCGAUGCCAUUUGGGAAAGACUCGUACAAGUCAGCAAAGACCUUGGGGUACUUAACUUCACAGGAAGCCUUGGGUGAUUUCGCUGUUCUGAUAAGGAGCUUGAAGCAGAAUCUGUCAUCUGAAACAUCCCCAGUAGUGGUCUUUGGUGGGUCUUAUGGAGGAAUGCUGGCAGCAUGGUUUAGGCUUAAAUACCCUCAUAUAGCAAUUGGUGCAUUGGCUUCUUCAGCCCCUAUAUUACAGUUUGAUAAGAUAAUCCCAUGGUCGAGCUUCUAUGAUGCUGUUUCCCAGGAUUUCAUGGAUGUAAGCCAAAAUUGCUAUGAAGUGAUAAAGGGGAGCUGGGCAGAACUGGAGACAAUUUCGACUCAGAAAGAAGGCUUGGCUGAACUAAGCAAAGCUUUCAGAACCUGCAAGUGA